AGGACGAAUCAUCCGACACUUCUUUGUUAGUUACUACUAGGUACCUAGUAAAGGUACUUAGGUUCUGUCGAUUGCCCAACAUUCCCGCCGAUAUUGCCUUCGCGCCACCACCAGCCGUUCCAAUCCCCAAGCCACGCUUUCCCUUGCGCACCGUCAGCAAGGAACGACCUGCGCUCGAACUUAUCACGGACCCCGACUUGCCGAUAGGCUCCCUGAAAAUGCGGUUUAAGGCACCGCAGUUAGGCGCUAUGGGCGUCACCUUUACCAUCAUGAGGGCGUGCCAAUUCGCUUCCCUGAUUACUGUCACUGGGCUCUGUGCGAACUUCAUCAACGGGAUUGCCACUACCGAGCACAAGCCUCCGGCCGAGCUCAUCGGAACUCUGACAGUGGAAGUCACUGCGGUGAUCUACGUUACCAUCACCUACAUCCUCUAUUACGACAGCAUGCUGCCGCUGCUGGUCGCCGGCAUUCUCGACAGCCUCCUGCUCGUCGCCUCCAUCGUGAUAGCCGCUCUGGUUGGGAAGCCGCUUGCAGCGCUCGACUGCUCUGCCCUUCCUUCCCCCGUCCCUGUCAUUGCCACCUUCUUCUCGUCCUCCUCCUCCACCUCGGCGCACCCCAUCCGGGCGACCGUCAUUACCCAAACUCUCCCCUACUCCUCCUUCGUCGCGCUCGAUCAGCCGACCUGUUACGAGAUCAAGGCCGUCUGGGGCCUCUCCAUCGCCCAAUGCGUGCUCUUUGCUUUCUCCGGGCUGGUAUGCGUCGGUCUGUGGCACCGCCUCCGCCGACAGGCCUCGGCAGGCUCCUCAGGCCCAAAGGACAUCGAGGGUUAGGGACGCGCGGGCGCCAACGGGGGCUUGCCGAAGGACGCAA